ACGCCCCCCCGCAGUGACGCCCCCCGCAGUGACGCCCCCGCCGUCAGACAUGACCAAGCUGGCUCAGUGGCUGCUGGGGCUGGUGCUUCUUGGAACGGCCUGGGGUGCUCUGACCUUUGACCUUUUGGGCCUGAAGAUCCCGGCGCCCUGUUGGCAGGUCGUUUGGCCUUUCCCGGUCUAUCUGCUCGUGGCUUUCGGCUGCUACUCGUUGGCAACCAUAGGAUACAGAGUGGCGACGUUUAACGACUGCGAGACCGCCGCGCAUGAACUGCAGGAGCAGAUUAAAGAGGCAAAGAAAGACUUAUCCCGCAAGGGGUUAAAAUUCUGAUUAGCAGCAUGUCCAGCAAUCUGACCGGGGGCAGUCUGACUGCGUGAAGGGGUGUGCGGACAGGGCCUCCUCAUUAAGGAAGUUCUUUGGAUGUGCCCCCCCUGGCAGGGGGUAGAUACGGUUGUUUGCCCUGUGUUAUCAGCAGGGGGGGCCGCGGGGUGGGAACCUGCUGGAGCCGCUUUUCCCAGAUAGAAUGUAAAUAUGGUGUAGGUCACCGGUCAGAAGCUCGCGGCAGAUCUCGGGGUGCACGGCCCUGUCCCCCCUCGCACCUCUCCCGGGGGGGGCGCUUUGCGUGCGGAGUGCGGAGCCGCCACAUUCCUUGUAUUGUUAUAUGAUGGCUCUGUUUACGCCGCGUGUGCAUAGCGUGUGCAUUGUGCGGGUUUCGGGGUAUGGCAGUCGUCCCUGCACCUGUGCGUUCUGCUGUCGCCUGUCUGUAUAGAGGUCGCUCCGCCGGAGGGAACAAUGGCUGCUGAUUAUGGGCUUUUUGCAGAAAAAAAUAAAUAAAAUUCUUUAACGCCAAA